UUCCCAGCCCGCCGCCUCGCAGCGCGCGCUUGGUGACCCCAGCUAGCCGGCCUUGUCCUUCGAUCAAAGUCGUCUGGAUUCGCGCUUCGAGAACAAAAUCCAUAUUAGCUUUCGUUCAAAGCAGGCCAGGUAAAGGCAAGGGGACAAGUGUCAAAACUAUAAACUAGCUAGCCUAGAUGCAUUAGAACUUACAGGGGCCGCUGCGGUAUACUACUACUACUUCUCCAGGACCAAGUUCAACAACGUUAGUGACAGUUGGCAGUAGUGUCUGUAAAACACCCAUAAAACUGUGUUUAAACAAACUUUGUCCAGGGAGUCUGAAAACUGCAGAUGUUGAAAAUCCUCAAUCUUCAAAUAGUCAACAGCAAAAUCAAGAUAGUAGUGAACGUGAGCGCUUUAUAGAAGUCCACGGUCAAACUCAUCAAGGAAGUGCAGAAGAUCCUGUUCCUGGGACGAGUUCACCAAAUGAUGAAACUGAUAGAUCUACACUAUUAAACCAGACAAGGUCUUCAGAUCGUCUUACAGAGAGGAGUGAAAUACCUGAAGGAAAUCAUUCAAUUGGAACUACUACUACCUCGCCUGUGGUUAAUGCUGAAAUCCACGGUCAAACUCUUCAAGGAAGUGCUGAAGAUCCCAUUCCUGUGACAGGUUCACCAAGUGAUAGAUCUUCAGAUAGUCUUACAGAGAGGAGUGAAUUAAUUGAAGAUUGUGGAGGAAGACCAUUGACCGCAGCUGAGCAUCAAAGAGAAGUUAUGGCUAUGGCUAACGAUAAGAUGAAAGAUGUAUAUUUUGUGUCUUCCUCCGACAAAACACCUCAUUUCAAGAAAAUGAAGGAUAUGUUUCUGCAAAAUGGGUGGACAUUCACAUCAAAAGUUGAUGCACCACUUGGUGAGCCAGUGAUGAACAAUGCCGAAGAAGCUGUCUGUACUCAUAAACAUAUUGUUGUGUUAUUUGACAAGGGUGACUGUAUACAAAAAUUUGGGGAAUAUAAUAUGACGAUGGAGAUGGCCUUCCUAUCUUUGAGAGAAAAUGAGAUUGGACGUAAGAUUAUACCUAUUCGAUGUUGUGAUGAAAAACUAGUUCCGUUAAGGCUUAGAUGUUUGAGGGGACGUGCAAUUAAUGAUGAUGACCUGGAAGAGAAGAUGAAACAAGCCAUUGGGAAAAGGAUUAAGAUUGAAAGAGAAGCACAGCUUUGUUCUGUGUCAGGUGAACAAACGUUGACGUCCGGAACAGAUGAGAUGGAUGUAGGUAAUGGAAGAUUUCCACUACUCAGAAAUAUUCUCACAAAUGAAUACUUCAUGGAUCUUGCUCAGGAGAUUGGAACUGAAUGGAAAGAUCUUGCCCUUCGACUGGAGUUCUCCAAGGCAGAAAUUGAACGUAUAGAAGAUCGUGAGAGGGAUAUUAAAUACCGAACCUUGGAAAUCCUUCAGUGCUGGCAUCAGAGAACAUCUAAUGUAAAAAUGGGGAGGAAAGUAGAGAUUCUUUGUAAAUCCUUGUUGAAAUGUGGUCGGGAAGAUCUCUCAGAUAAAGUGAAAGCAGAUGCUGAACAUUGCUCUUAAAGGGCAGAUCAGAUAUUUGUUGCAAGUAAAAGUUUAAUCUGCUUCAAAUGUUAUGAUUAUAAGAAAUUAAAUUAAGUUUCCUUUACGUUUUAUCCAGCUUGUGACCAAGUCAUAUCUGACAAAGUCCUUUGUAUAAAAUUAAUGUGAUAAGAUGGGAAAUGUGAUGGAUUUUUAAUUGCUUUUAUAGUUGUUACUAAGAGUUUUGUAGACUUGUACUUUUAUCCCUGUCCUUAUCAUUCAAAAUUAAGUUGAAUGUGGCACUACUACAAUAGGUAUACACUCUUUACUCUAAUUGCUGUAUUUCACAUAAACUUUUGCAAGUGUAGAAAUCACACAUUCUGAGGCUUGUUUGUAUAGGAAUUCACUAAGACCAUACUUGUUUCAUUAACCAAAUGAUGCGAGCGCGAAGCGCAAACACUUUGAUAUUCAGAUCAGAAAAAGGGACAUUUUAAGGACCGAUUUGAGGAAAUCAUGAAGAGCAGACAUAUCUCACCAAUCCACUAAUGCGAACGUAAGCAAGGACUGUAAAUGUUUUGUAUUAAGACCUUAAAAGGGGGCGAUCACUUUAAGUAGUCAUGAAAAAGAAGCAUAUGUCACUACAUAAAACAAUAUCUCAAAAUGCGAGGAAAUAUAUUUGAUGUAUAUUGAUUUGAAAAGGGGAUGUUUUAGUACAACAGGAUUAUAUAUCGCGUUAAACAGACACUGCGAGCACCAGGAACGAAGAACACAUAUAUGCCCUGAGCAAAUUAUAUUUCAUAAAGUUAGUUUGAAAAAAUUUCUUAUGCAAUAUAACAUAAUAUAUAUUUAUAUAACAUAUUAUAAUGUAUAAUGAUUUCUUCUUCCCAACUACGUUUCUCUUUCUUUUUCUCCUUUUCCCCGGUUUUUUUUUUUUGCCAGCUGAUUGGCACGUGCCCCCCCCCCCCAUAGUUACGCCACUGCAUGCAUGGACUAUGCUAAUUCAGCUCACAAUACUUUUUUUUUUUUUUGUAAAGAACAGCUCUGUGUGUACACAGUACAAUGCGAUGCCCAAAUCACUAUGAUUAAUAGACUUAAUGAACUCUGUUUCUAUUGUGAAUAGAAUGUGACUUGAGUCGAACAAAGUGGGCAAAGAGUUAAAUGUAUUUCUUAGGGUACGUUAGUGGUAAUGAAAACUUUUUGUAGCAUACAUAUAUAUAUGUAUAUAUAUAUAUAUAUAUAUAUAUAUGUGAUAAAUUAUACAUGUUCAACAGCUUUGGCAACUCUUAUUAAAAUAUUUUGUGAAAGAAAUGGAUGAAAAGAACAAUGGUAGGUGUAGCUUAAAUCAAGGUUCCCCAGAGUCAUCUGCCCUUUGGAAAAAUUGGUGAUGCUGAAAAAAUGUCUUAGAUAAAUUUUGAUUGCUGCAGAUAUUUUUUUUAUUCUAGUAGGGUAAUUGUGAUAAACAUAAUUACUGUCAUGAUUCUUUGAUAAAUCAUUGUUGUAACUGAAUUCAGUACUCAAGGUUGUGUGUGAUAAGGCAGUUGAAUUUACUGUAUCAGUACUUCAUAAGCACCAUGAUAUUUUCCUGUCAAAUGUUUCAAAAUGAUUCCACAUUCCUUAAUGUGUCAAUUGCACUUUAAAAAGAAAUCGUUAUUGUAAAUCAGUAUGAUGUAGGACCUAUAUAUUCCCUAGUGAGGUCUCCACAUGUGUUUGGAAUUUAAGCAUUUUUAUAACUCUUCCAUUUUGUAACUUUUAUUUUUGUAGCUGCAUUCAAUGCUAAAUUUUUUUUUAUUGGCAAUAACCAGAGAAUGAUGUUUGUGUACUCAGUAACGAUUGGUCUUUUUAUGCUAUUUGUAAUUGUAUCAUAUGGUAUGUAUAUUCCAUGUUCGCUGCAUUCAUGUAAUUUGUUUAAUAUGAGCAUGAACUAUCUUGUCAGCAUAAUGUACUUAAUAUAUCCAUUUGAUAUUUUUACAAAUGUUUUGCUUGAUUUUAAACUAAGGAAAUUUGUUACAAUUUUAUAGAUCAAAUUCUUGACACAUUUUUGAGUAGAUAUUCAUUUGCUUUAAAUAAUCAUGUGUUUGGGUUUUUUUAUUUUAGAAACAUUUUUUAAUACUGAUUUUGGAUCAGGAUGGUGUUUCAUGAUAAAGCUGUUUGUAAGUUACACUUAACUUUAUUUACAAAUGACUGUUGGAUUGAAAUGUUUUUGAGUACUGAGUGUGACUCAGUCAUUUUGAUUUCUUUUAGCUAAAGUUGAAAUCCCACUUUUUUUAUUAAAACUUCUGCUUUUAAUUAGCAACUGAAAUUAUGCAAAGGUUUAAUAUUAGUCUAAAAAGAUUAGAGUUUAAAGAAGGCUCAUAUCUCUUGUGUUCAAUAGACUAUAUCGCCCGAAAUUUAUGCCAGUUGUAGAAAACAAAUGCUCGUUUGCGAUAAUAAAAUUAUAUACAAUGUAUGAUUUGGUAAUUCUUACAUUAUACUCAUUUAAGAUGUGGGAGAUGUUAUAUAUAUAUAUAUGUGUAUGGCUGCUUUUUUGCUAUAAUAGUUUGCCUCUGCAUUUUUAUUUCAUGACUUUAUCUUAUGCUUAAAAUAUUGUAUUCAUAUCUAAAUUCUGUUAUCACUCCUCUGUUAAACUUUGGUGACAUAGUAAUGGGCUUUAUUGUCAUAUUAUGAUUCUUAUGAAGACAACAGGAAUACACUUGUAGAAAAGAUGACUUUGGAUGGUCCUUUUCAGGACCAACAUAUGCCCACGAAAGAAUACGUGGUGUACCAUGAAACCCACUACACUCAUGAUUACUCUCAUGUAUUUGUAAAUUUAUUUUGAGCUUUGACUACACAAUAUAUGCAGAAGCUCCUGCAAAAAGAAUGUAUAGAUCGAUCCAAGGCAUGAUUGAAGGAGUUCAACAUAACCAGUCGACACACCUAUGUAAUCAUGCUCCAUGGAAAUUGUAAAAAAGGCUGGUCUACAUUCAACCAAGUUAGUGUAUUGGGAAGAUGUUUCAGGAGUUGUCAAGUUGGCUGAGUUAUGGAAAGCCAAAGUGGGUUUCUCAAUGAUUUUUGUCUCACCUGCAUAGCAGAGUGAGACUAUAGGCGCCGCUUUUCCGACGGCGACGGCGGCGGUGACGGCGGCGGCGGCGUCAACACCAAAUCUUAACCUGAGGUUAAGUUUUUGAAAUGACAGCAUAACUUAGAAAGUAUAUGGACCUAGUUCAUGAAACUUGGCCAUAAGGUUAAUCAAGUAUUACUGAACAUCCUGCCUGAGUUUCAUGUCACAUGACCAAGGUCAAAGGUCAUUUAGGGUCAAUGAACUUAACCAUGUUGGGGGAAUCAACAUCAAAAUCUUAACCUAAGGUUAAGUUUUUGAAAUGUCAUCAUAACUUAGAAAAUAUAUGGACCUAGUUCAUGAAACUUAUACAUAAGGUUAAUCAAGUAUCACUGAACAUCCUGCAUGAGUUUCACAUCACAUGACCAAGGUAAAAGGUCAUUUAGGGUCAAUGAACUUUGGCCGAAUUGGGGGUAUCUGUUGAAUUACCAUCAUAACUUUGAAAGUUUAUGGAUCUGAUUCAUGAAACUUGGACAUAAUAGUAAUCAAGUAUUACUGAACAUCCUGUGCAAGUUUCAGGUCACAUGAUCAAGGUCAAAGGUCAUUUAGGGUCAAUGAACUUUGGCCAAAUUGGGGUAUUUGUUGAAUUACAGCCAUAAAUUUGAAAGUGUGUUGGUCUAGUUCAUAAAACUUGGACAUAAUAGUAAUCAAGUAUCACUGAACAUCCUGUGCGAGUUUCAGGUCACAUGAUCAAGGUCAAAGGUCAUGUAAGGUCAAAGAACUUUGGCCACGUUGGGGGUAUUUGUUGAAUUGCCAUCAUAUCUCUAUAAGUGUAUUGGUCUAGUUCAUAAAACGUGGAAAUAAGAGUAACCAAGUAUCACUGAACAUCUUGUGCGAGUUAUAGUAGUUUUCAAAAUCAGCACUGCUGCUAUAUUGAAUCGCGUGAUGCAGGUGAGACGGCCAGAGGCAUUCCACUUGUUAGUUACAUUAGCCGAAGUUCGAAUCUGCAGGUUUUUAUAGUCAUUUUAUUUACUGUAAUCACUUAUUUUGGUGCCGAUUAUGUAUUUUUUUAUUACAUUAAUACGAAAAUAAUGUGAAGUAGAGACAAACAUCUUUUCUAUCCUCUCCUUGGUUGGCAGAGACACGGAGGGAUGAUCAUUUGAUUUAAUACACCUUUUUUUAAAUUUGUGAUAGCUUUACAAUUUAUGAAAGAUCCCCUGGUAUAGUUUUAAGUGAAGAAAUUUGUUCAGUCUAUCAUUGUAUCAUUAUGUGAUAAUAAAGUGAUAUGAAUUUGUAAAAAUCAUAACUCGUGCUGAAAAUACUAUUGAUUUAUUUACCACUCUGUUUUCUCUUUUUAUAUGUAUAGAUAUUGCUUAGAUUUGUUCAAUUGUAUAGUCAAAUGAAUUUAUUGGGUUACCUGGAAGAUAUCAUUACAUUGAUAUUAUUAUCAUUACAUACAUAUAUGGUAUCUGAAUUAAACGAUUGGUUUACAAAA